AUGAUUGACGACGUUCUGUACCUCUACGGCGGCGACCAGCCCUGGGACUCAUCCCUCUGGGAGACGUCGGACGACCGCGUCCGCGGUGGUGCCAGCCAGUCGCACCUCACCGUCGAGAACCCCGAACGCGCUCGCUUCCACGGCCACCUCGACACGACGGCCCUCGGCGGCGCCGGCUUCGCCUCCCAGCACAGCAUCGGCGACCUGUCCCUGGACCUGCGCGACUACGAAGGCAUCAUCGUGGCCAUUGCCGGGCCCGACCACGCGGAUGGCAAGCGCUACGCCCUGACGCUCAAGGACAACCUGCCUCCGCCGCGGGACGACGGCCGUGAGCAGUCCGGCGUGAGCUGGGAGGCAGAGUUUGUGGCCAAGAAGCCGGGAGAUGUGAAGCUGCGCUGGGAGGACUUUAAGCCCACGUACAGAGGCAAGCCCAAGCACGACGCGGAACCGCUGAACCUCGGGGAUAUAAAGCGCGUUGGGCUGAUGAUGCGAAGGCAAGUGACAAUUCAGCGGGGAUUCCCUCCUUUGGAAACGAUCCUACUAACACGGAAAUCUAGCUUCUUUGGCCAGCAAGAGGGCGACUUUAGCCUCCACCUGCACGGCAUUGUCGCCUUUAAGCAGCUGCCAGCGUCGACGGCCACAACGGUCGUCGCGGAGCACGACGACGAGGAGCGGCCCAAGAAGGAGCUCCAGCGCAACAAUACGAAGAAGGGCCUCCGACGCAACGAGUCGGACCUGGAGGAGUUUCCCACGCGGCCCGCGGUCAAGAAGGGCCCGUGGUGGCGGAGACUGCUGUGCGGCCUGGUCUGA